UGGUUGUGUAGUGUAUGCACCAAACUGCAAAAUCUACCUCUUUCUUUCUUUCCAUCAGCCGUCGUCACACAUAGACAGAUCCCCUCUCUAAUUUCUUCUCCAUUAUCAUUAUCAUCUUUCAACAUUUUACACCUUCAAUUUUACAAAAAUUAAUCAAAUCUUUUACUCAAUUUCGACAUUCAGGGCUGUUUAAUCCUCAAAACCCAUCUGGGUUUUGUUUUGUUUUUAUCGACAAGACACCCAAAUGAUGGGUUUUUAGUUCACUUUUGUUUUUAUCAAAGUUUUUGAAUUUUAUAUGGGUUUCUUAAGUUGGAUUCAUUAGGUUAAAAUCUUGGAUUGAUUCUUGAAUUUCAAAUCUCAAGAUUGGGUUUUUAGCAUUUUAGUUAAUUUUAGCUUUUUUUUUUUUUUUUUUUUUUUUUUUGAUACUGCUCCAUUAGCUUCAACUAGAGUUCAAGAUUUCAAGUUUUUUGGAGCAGUUGAAUUAAUAUUUAAUAUUUAAUAUUAAUAUAAUAUCAUUAUAUAUUUAUUAUAUAUAUAAGAAAAAAGAGAAAUAUGUCUGGUGGAACACCAACUGCUGGUGGGCUUAUGAGGCAGAGGCAUAGUCAAGGGUAUGCUUCAAGUGGUGAUGAUCUUGAAGAUGAUGCUUGUUCGAGAAUUCGGCCGAAAUUUCCGGAAACAAGAACAUGGACUGAGGUUUUAGAGAAUGUGCUUUGGUUUGUUUCUGCAAGUUUGAUAAUAUAUUUGGGAGAUUGGCAUUCCAACUUGAUUUAUAUCUUGUUUCAUGAUGCCAGGAUUAGAAGAAUACCGUUGUAUCUGGGGCUAUUUGGUGUCAGCUUAAAUGUUGUCUAUUUCGUGUAUACAAGUAUGUUAGUAUGGGGUGUCAGAAAGUCGAGUGAGAGGUGGGAAUUAUCAAGUACAGACGCCCUACCGUAUGUUACCGUAGUCGGACUCGUAUCUUUUUGUUUCUUCUGUUUUGCUUUGUGGCCAAUUUGGAGUUUCUUGACCCUCCCACUUGUGUUCUUUGCAGUUCACAUUAUUUAUGGCAUGCAUGGUCAUACUCCCAUACAUGGUUCUCGGGACAUUCAAGCAGCAACCAUCAGACAUGUUUCGUAUCGAUUGAAACCCUUUGUUAAUAUUCACAUUGUUUUGAGCAUUUUGCAUGCGAUUAAAGGUUUGUUUGUUUUUUUUUCCCUUUUAUCCGGUAAUUAUAGUUUUAGUUUGUAAGCGAUGAAUCAGUCAGCCAGCCUUGUUCCCUUUUUUUUUUUUUUUUUUUUUUUUUUAGAUUCUAUUUUUUUGUUUGUUAAAGUUGAAGAGAUCUCAGGUCAGAUAGAAAUGAAACAAGUCUCAUAGUGAUUGAUUGAUAGUUUCUUGUGGUA